AUGCAGCCAAAAUCAAUAACACUACUACAAAAAAUAGAUCAAAUAAUAGAACAACUUCUAACGAAAUUCCAAGAUAUUUUUGAAAAUCUUAAAAACGACACCAAACCAAAAGAAUUAUUAUCAAUUGAAUCCUUAGCUAUUGAAAAUAAUGCAAAUCAAAUUAUAAGAUUAUGUCAAGAUUUACUAAGUAUUUCGAGGAAUAUAAAAGAGACUUGGAUUUUGAGUAGUUUAAAAGUUGAAAAUGGGAUAAGUGAAGACACUAAUAAAAGUAAAAGUAAAAGUUUGUUUAAUGAUGAAGAAAAUGUGGAUAAAGUAUUUAAGCUAUUUAAUGAAUUGACAGAAAAUAUAGCUAAGUUUGAAACUCCAGAAAUUUAUGGAUAA